GCUUCGUCGCGCAGUUGAGUUUUGUGCAUCGAUGCCGUUGGUUCUAUCGGUCGGAAUCCGCCGUCCGCGUACGAAAUCCAUUCCUCCGUUUUUCUUUCUUUCUCUGUGCUGCUGAUGUGUUUGCUCUGCGGGCUAGUGCGCGUAGUGACCAUUUGGAAUAGUGUUCUUAGUGUGUUGUAGUUCGUAGUGGAAUAGGCAGAUUCCAACUGGCGGCGGAUGAUUGGACCCCGCUAGAAGCAGACUGAGCCCCGUCAGCAAUCAGCUCAGCACCUAGUUUCGUCGCAUAAUUGUAAACUUGUAUGUGCCAUUACAACAUCUCUCGGGUAUAGUUUUUUUUGCCUCAUUCGUUCGUUCGGUACUAAACCUGUACUGCGGCUCUUGUGGGGCGUCUCCUAGUAGGCGCGGCGGAGGAAAGUGUGUUUCUUGGCAGGCAGGCAGUGAGCGGUGUGUGCAACAAAGCAGCCUUUGGGGUUUGAAAGCCGACCGAAAACGUCGACGACGACUACGAUUGAAUCGAAGAAGGCUCGGGGCACUAUUUGGCAGCUUAUUAGUGUAUGAAGGACACUCUUAUUGGGGUCGCAGAUUAGAUAACUCCUGGCGAAGAAUUUGCUCAACAGCAAUAGCUUCGCAGUAGGCAAGAGGAAAGAUCGAUUGUUUUUCGAUAUCCACCCCGUGAAGAACAAAGAGAAGAAUCGAUAAAACAGUCUCCGUUCGUCGUCCUGGUACGAGGAAGUGGCCUACUACGGUGAGACGAAACGAUACGAGAUAGUAGUGGAAGUGCGCGCGGCUAGAAGAGCGAACGGAGAAGAACAACAAAAUAUCGUACGAUACCUACACAACAGGGUAAUCGCUCUUGAGCUGAACCGCGUUCAGCUGAGUGAGAGAGGGGCCGCGCUGUAUAGUGUGGAACAAAGAGAGGGCUAUAGAUAUCAUCCCAUACGGUCGGACGGGCGAUUGUGCGCGAAGUGCGUCGUCGUCGUUGUCAUCAGCCAGUCAGUAGUCAUCUCGUCCGCGUGAUCUCCGCGAGGUGUUCCAAGAAUAGAGAAGAGCCCUCUGUGCUUCGAGUUCGGAUCCGGAAGUGGAAGAAGCCUGAUUCUGUGAUUGUGCCUGAUUGUGUUUGAAGUGUGUGUUCACGUGGUCAUCCAGCGUAGGCUGCUUGAUUUUUGGGCGUAGUAGCCUAGGUCGCGGCGGCCUUGCGGAGAGAAAGAUAAUCACACGGUUUGCUGUGAUUGCACCGCCUGCUCUGCUGAUAGAGAGCUGGAAACAAGCAGCAGCAACAUGGAUACGGUCGAGACGGCCAAUCAUUUUAUGGCAUUUGGAGAGGCAUCCAGCGAUAAGGCGCCGCUCCUGGGAGCUACAAUGACGUCCACAUCGUCGUCGUCGUCGCCAGCGGUAGCGAACGGUCAACUGAAAUACGACACCACCAGCAACGGUACCAAUGGAGUUCAUGCUAAUCAUCGUACGACUACAACGGCGACCACGACCAUUCCCAAUGGCACAUCCUCCAGUAAAGUGGAAUGCAAUGGAACGGCGAGGCUUGCGGCGAAAACGACGAGUGAGUCUAGUGAGGACAAAGAAGAGGACCGAUCGGCUCGGCAGUCGCUGAUCAUCCUGGCGGCGAUCUUCUUCACCAGCCUGUUCGCGAUGAUCUACGUUUAUGCGAUGUUUCCGGAGCUGGAUGAGUCCGAGAAGCAGUACAUCAAGGUCCCGUUCGACAUCGAGGAUGCCAAACAGUUGGGACGAGUGCUGGAUCGCUACAAAGAUCUCUACUACCUGGAGGUGAUGUCCGGCAUUGUUCUGGUGUACAUAUUCCUCCAAACCUUCGCCAUUCCCGGUUCGCUGUUCCUGUCCAUCCUUAGUGGAUUCCUGUACAACUUCCCCACGGCCCUGACGCUGGUGUGCUUCUGCUCGGCCCUCGGUGCCACCCUAUGCUAUCUUCUUUCCCAACUAGUGGGCCGCCGUCUGGUCAAGCACUACUUCCCGGAAAAAGCUCGCGUCUGGUCCGCCCAAGUGGACAAGCACCGGGAAGACCUCCUCAGCUACAUGCUGUUCCUGCGGAUGACGCCGUUCCUACCCAAUUGGUUCAUCAACCUGGUGGCACCGGUCAUCGGCGUUCCGUUGUGGCCGUUCGCUUUCGGCACGUUCCUGGGAGUGGCGCCGCCCUCCUUCAUUGCCAUCCAGGCCGGCAAGACCCUGUACAAGAUGACCAGCUCGAGCGAUGCCUUCAGCUGGACGUCGGUCACGCUGCUGAUGGUGUUUUCCGUUGUUUCGAUAGGGCCGGCCAUCUUCAAGCGGUACUUCAAGUCCAAGAUCGAUUAAGCAGAGCUGGGGAAGAGGUGCCAUGGACGGCGGCAGCGGAGGCGGCGUCGGCAGCAAAUUGUUUUACCACAAGCAAAAAAGGUUAGUCAUUAGGCUUAUAAUGGUGAAAUGUGUAUGAGAUGAACAGUUGAAGUCACGUGUAUUGAUGAAUAGUAUAAUUUUAGCCAAAGAUGAGUGUAAGGUUACAGAAGAGAAGAAGGAGAAGUGGAAGAAACUGUGUUUAUUAGCAAUUCGAGUUAUUUUGAGGUUAAGUUGUAAGGCGAAUAGGCGGAUUUCGUGAUCGAAUAGAUUUGGAACAAAGCGAUGGAGCGGAGUGGGCGGCUCAGGUAGGAAUUCCUGGAGAAAUCCCUGUAGGAAUUCUUGGAGAAAUCCCUGUAGGAGUUCCUGGAGAAAUCACUCUAGGAGUUCCUGGAGAAAUCCCUGUAGGAAUUCUUGGAGAAAUCCCUGUAGGAGUUCCUGGAGAAUUCCCUGUAAGAAUUCCUGGAGGAGUCCCUGUUGGAAUUCCUGGAGAAAUCCCUGUAGGAAUUCCUGGAGAAAUCCCUGUAGGAGUUCCUGGAGAAAUCCUUGUAGGAAUUCCUGGAGAAAUCCCUGUAGGAGUUUCUGGAGAAAUCCCUGUAGAAAUUCCUGGAGAAAUCCCUGUAGGAGUUCCUGGCGAAACCCCUGUAGGAAUUCCUGGAGAAAUCCCUGUAGGAGUUACUAGAGAGAUCCCUUUAGGAAUUCCUGGAGAAAUUCCUGUAGGAGUUCGUAAAGAAAUCCCUGUAGGAAUUCCUGGAGAAAUCCCUUUAGGAAUUCCUGGAGAAAUCCCUGUAGGAGUUCCCGGAGAAAUCCCUGAAGGAAUUCCUGGAAAAAUCCCUUUGGGAAUUCCUGGAGAAAUCCCUGUAUGAAUUCCUGGAGAAAUCCCUGUAGGAAUUCCUGGAGAAAUCCCUGUAGGAAUUCCUGGAAAAAUCCCUGUAGGAAUUCCUGGAUAAAUCAAUGUAGGAAUACCUGGAGAAAUCCCUGAAGGAAUUCCUGGACAAAUCCAUGUAGGAGUUCCUGGAGAAAUCCUUGUAGGAACUCCUGGAGAAAUCUCUGUAGGAGUUUCUGAAGAAAUCCCUGUGGGAGUUCCUGGAGAAAUCCCUUGAAGAAUUCCUGGAGAUAUCCCUGUAGGAGUUCCUGAAGAAAUCCUUGUAAAAGUUCUUGGAGAAAUCCCUGUUGGAGUUUCUGGAGAAAUCUCUGUAGAAGUUCCUGGAGAAAUCCCUGUAGGAAUUCCUGGAGAAAUCCCUGUAGGAAUUCCUGGAGAAAUCCCUGUAGGAAUUCCUGGAGAAAUCCCUGUAGGAAUUCCUGGAGAAAUUCCUGUAGAACGAUUCCUUUAGAAAUUCCUGGAGAAAUCCCUGUAGGAGUUCCUGGAGAAAUCCUUGCAAGUGUUCUUGGCGAAAUCCUCUGAAGAAUUCCUGGAAAACUCCCUGUAGGAGUUUCUGGAGAAAUCCCUGUAGGAGUUCCUGAGGAAAUCCCUUUAAAAACUCUGGAGAAAUCCCUGUAGGAGUUCCUGGAGAAAUCCCCGUAGGCAUUCCUGAAGAUAACUCUGUAGCAGUCCCUGGAGCAAUCCCUGUAGGAAUUUCUGGAUAAGUCCCUGUAGGAGUUUCUUGAGAAAUCCCUGUAGGAGUUCCUGGAGAAAUCCCUGUAAGAAUUCCUGGAGAAAUCCCUGUAUGAAUUCCUGGAGAAACCCCUGUAGGAGUUCCUGAAGAAAUCCUUGUAAGAGUUCCUGGAGAAAUCCCUGUAGGAGUUCCUGGAGAAAUCCCUGUAGGAAUUCAUGGAGAAAUCCCUGUAGAAGUUCCUGUGGAAAUCCCGGUAGGAGUUCCUGGGGAAAUCCCGGUAAGAGUUCCUGGAAAAAUCUCUGUGGAAAUUCUUGGAGAAAUCCCUGUAGGAGUUCUUACAGAAUUCCCUAAAGGAAUUCCUAUAAAUAUCUCUGUAAGAAUUGAACCUGAGUUCGAAUCGAUGUGAGUAGCUUGCACCGCUCUAUCCAGAAAUUGAACCGUUUUUAAUUUAGUCGUUUAUUCGACAAACUAGGCAAAAAGUAUUAGAACUAGAGCUUAUCGUUUAAGAAAGAAACACUGAAUUGAUGGAAAAAAAUUUAGAGCGACCAAAUUUGAUCCACAGUUCGGAUGAUAAUGCAUAGAAACAUCUCAAGUAAAAAGAAAAUCCUUUCUGCAAAGCUAACGAUUGCUGAUGAGAAGGGAAAGAACUAGAAACAUUUUGAAUGUUAAACAAACACAAAAAAAUAUGAUGACCGAUAUAAUAGCUAUGUGUAAACCCAAGCCAUUGCAUCAACAAAAAAAAUAUACCAAUUGCAACAUUUUAAGGUCUUUCACCGUUUUUCGUCUCGGUUUUUGAAUGUUGCCCCUUAACGGUUGAAUAUCAUCAAAGUAAGUGAAAUACUCACACUUUGACCAACUGUUGCUUAGCACCCGGUUGCGUAAGUGUGCGUGUUGGAUGCACUAGGCUCGAAAAGUAUAAGAAAGAAUAUAUGGAACGGACAGAAAAGAAAUGGAACCGCAUUAGGCAAAUACCUAUACAUAUAAUGAUAAAUCUCUGUUUUUAAGCUGAAACAUUAAACAAAAUUAAACUAGUUCAUUGCAAAAUGAAGGGUUCUAAAUGCAAAAACCAAUAUGAUAGCUUACUUAUGUCAAAACAAUGCAUAAAUUAAACGAAAAAAAUAUAAAAGCAAAUGAUAAAACCAGCUA